UCGUAGUAGCGUAUUUUCUUAAAAGAAUAUUGAACAAUAAAGAAUUAACUUCUGUCAAUACGCUGCCAACGAUUACUUCCACGAUAUAAGAAGGCGUUCCAUUCAAUAUGAAAGCAGUAAUACAACGAGUGACAAAAGCUAGCGUUUCAGACGACCGUUUUAUCUAUUGAAAAAAAAUCCAUAAGUUCAAAUUCAAACACUCAACUUUUUGAGGACUUCUGUGUGGAAGACAUCCAAGCAAUUAUUUGUUAAUAUUGAAACAUUUUUCAAUCUCUUAAUAAUUAAUUGAGAUACAAUGGAAGAUGCUACUGAUCAGAAAGAAACAGAGGCAAUAAAUGUUGAAGAUGAAAUUUCGAAAGAAAAAUCAGAUUCUUCAGAAAGAGAACAAGUGGAAAAUGCUGGAAAUCCGGAACUGUGUAAAUCUAAAGCUACAAAUACUGGAAACAUCGAGUCUCCAAAUUUACAAUCGCGAGGAAUUCAAACAGACGAGAACACAGAAACGGUGGAAAAAUUAAAAAGUCAGUUGGAUACUUUAAUGAAUUCCUUAGCCACUCUUUCAGCGGAAAAAUCGAAAAUGGAAGCAAAUUUUCAGUUAGACAAGAAACAACUGAGAAACGAACGAGACGAGUAUGAGAAAGUGGUCAAAGAUUUGAAGGAAAAAUUGAAAAAGGCGCAAACUACAAAUUACUCCGAAAUUGAACAUGUAAAAUGUAAAUUGAUUAUGGAACGUCAUGAGAGAGAAAAAGAACAAGCUGAUCAUGCUAAAAUGAUAAAAGAACUUCAGAAGUUAGUGUACGAUGAGCGUCGAAGUAAAGAACAAUUAGAAGCGCAAGUAAAAAGUCAGUUUGCAAAUAAGACACAAUGCAAAAUACUGGAAGCUGAAUUGGAAAUUACUAGAAACAAGCUUAAACAAGCAGAGGAAGGAGCUAAAGAGACACCUCCAAUUCUACUCUCGCUCCAAUCCGAAAUGGCUGUUAUGAAGAAACAGCAUCUAAACGCGAUACGUGAAGAGCAAAAACGAGCUGCUGCUGCAGAGCAACAAGCUAGAGUUUUGGUGUUGACUCAUGAAACGAGAGUGGCAGGAUUAGAAGCAAGACUGGCUGAACUUUCUGAAAUUGUUGGUAGCUAUGAUAGGCUCAGACAACAAGAUCAACAAGCUAUUCAGAAAUUGAAAGACCAGUUAAUGAAUUUGCAAGACACCGAGCGCAACGAUUAUCUUACAUUAAACAAUGAACCAGACGAAAUAAUUUCUAAAAUAAAAAGUCUCUAUACGAAAUUGUUAGAUUUAGACAAUAAGAAGAAUGAAUCGGCACACGUUAAAUCACUGCUACGUAGUUUAGAUUUGUAUGACAAGGAACAAAUUGUCGAUUACAAGGAAAAAUAUGACAAUCUUUUGCAAGAAUUUGAAGAUUACAAACAGCAAAUGAUAUACAAAUACAAUAAUGCAAAUAUGGCUCAUAAUAUUCAGAGUCAAAACAUGACGGCGCACGACAAAAACAAUAAAACGCAAUUGCAGCUUUUAAAAUCGCACAAUAAUAAUUUAGAAGAAAGGAUACGUAUUCUAAAUAAUGAGAUCAUGAAUAAGGAAACAGAACUACGAUUAAAUUUAGAACAACAGAAGAAUUCCUUUCAAGAUGAACGUGCAAAACUGGAGCAUAUGUUGCUACAAAAAGACAACGAAUAUCGCAACAAAAUAUCUACAUUGGAGCAGCAAUUAUUACGUCAACGAGAACGAUCAAUGGCCCUAAUUGAAGAGAAGGACAAAGAGAUAUUAACUUUGAAAACAUCCUUCCAUGCAAUAUUACCUAAGAAAGAGAAGACUAUUGGAGAUGAAAUAGUUGCUCCAAAAUAUGAAAGAAGAAGCGAACCAGUCGGUGACCUGGUAACAGGAUUAUUAAAAAGCGAUAGUCCUCCGAUAUUACAUUAUAGCCAGGAAUUAGCAAGACGGGAGGUCCAGGUCUCAGCUUCCAGAAGGAAAGUUUUAGAAUUAGAAGCUUCAUUACGAGAGAAACAGAGAGAAAUUGUUCAUGUAAAAGAGAAACAAAAGGAAGAAACAAAAGUUUUUCAAGCAAAGAUUGCCAGGCUAGAAGCGUGCAAAUCUAGGGAAGGCGCUAACCUUGAAUAUCUAAAAAACGUUUUUAUUAAUUAUUUAACUACAAAUGAUGUUUCCAGCAAACGUCAUAUGCUAAAUGCUAUCUCUACAGUAUUACGUUUUACUACGGAAGAAUUGAAUAAAGUAAAACAUUAAUUAAUUUGUCAGUUAAAUUUCCUAAAAUUUAGUUACUUGCCUGUAUUCCAAUGCUAUUUCAAACGGUAUGUAGAAGAUAUACAUUAUUAAUUAUAUGUUUGGCAAUUAAACCUAAAUUUAUGAUAAAUUUUUAAAUAGA